AUGACUGAAAAUGUGGACAAUGUCUUAAGGAAGGAUGGAUUUGUUAAUUUAGACUUAAACAAAGCCAGGAGCAAUAUUCAGAAGUUAGAUAGAACAUUGGUUGGCAGUCUUCUUGGCCGACGUCUCCCAUUCUGGGUGGUGCAGAAUGAGCUUAAUAGAAAAUGGGGACAUAUGGGGUUAACUCAGAUCACGCCGAUGGGUGCUGAUUGUUUCUUAUGUUGGUUUGUUAACAUGGAAGCUAGAAAUAGUGUUUUGAUUGGUGGACCAUGGUUACCAAAUUUACCAUUAGAGUACUGGGAUGAAUCCAAUUUGGCUAGGCUGGCAAUGGGCAUUGGUGAACCUUUAUUUAUGGAUGAGAAAACGAAGCUUUGGAACAGGUGUGCUUUUGCACGUAUUUGUAUCAGAUUGGAUUUGUCUAAGCGACUGCCUAAAGGCAUUUGGGCUAAUGGUUUGGAAGGUGCUUUCUUCCAACCCAUUGAGUAUGAAGGGAUCCCCCUGAUUUGUUUGAAUUGUGGUAAGGUGGGACAUAAGGCUGAUUUAUGUAAGGAGGUGCAGGCACGGCCUAAACAACAGGAGUUGAAAACUGGGGAAGUGAAGGAUCAGUUCUGUUCUAUUGCGGAUGGAUUGGGUGUGGCCGCUAAUUCAUCUGAUGUUGGCCUGAGUUGUUCAUUGGGAUUGGAGGGUGCAGUUUCUAGGCUGAAUUUUGGGAAAAUUUAUGAAGUUGUUGGCUCUACUUAUGCUGAUAUUGAUCAUGGGGAAUGGACAAUUGUCACAAGGAGGAAGAGACCAAAUAUUAAAGCUGGUGCUAAAACUAUCAUGAGGGAUAGUAAGCCGGCUGUUUUGGCACCUAAAACGGUAUGGAGGGAAGUUAGUAAAACACAGAAGGAGGUUGAUGUUCUUCAUGAGAAGGAAAAUGCUAAGAGUGUGGCUAAAGAUUCUUCUACAUCUGAAAAUCAGCUGAUGGAUGUUACUCCUUCAGGCAAUAAAUUACCUUGUGAUAUGCUGGUUGAUAGUAAAUUGAAUCCUGGCGGAUUGAAAUAG